AUUGUAAGAAAAAGAAAAGUGUGCGCGUUUGCACAACAUGGUGGAAAGUAGCCAACUGAUGGAGUGCGCAUUACGAUGCAUCUACCAUAUGACUUGCCGGGCCACUAGCACGUGUGCUCAGUCUCUGGGACGGAUGCUGGCACCAGGCUGGGAUGCACAACAGUCUUUAAUACGAGGGAUAGAUGAAGGGGAAUCGUUUCAAGACCGAGCACCGUUCUCUUUCUAGUAUUUUUGAGAAUCCUCUAGGGGGACGUUCCGCUCCGCUUAGUGAAGACGAAGUGACGAAGUAAGGAUAGCACGAGCGUCUUCAAACUCGUGCGGCCAUCAUCUCAUUUGUAGAAGAAGAAGAGUUGACCUUUUCACCUGCGUUGUUGCGUUCUGAACGGCUGCGAAAUGUCGGGAGAUGCUGCGAAGAAACCACAAGUCACUGGCAAGCUUGUCAUCUCCAUGUUUGCUGCAGUACUUGGCAUGUUCCUGUUCGGCUACAACCUCGGCGUCAUCAAUGCGCCACAAAAGAUGCUGGAGGAAUUCAUUUCAACGGUGUAUCUUGAGAGGUCGGGUCAGGAGAUCGACGCCAAUUUCCGCGACUGGGUGUGGGCUAUAGCAGUAUCUGUCUUCGCCAUCGGUGGAAUGGCAGGAGGAAUAUCGGGCGGAAUGGUCGCCAACCGCUUCGGAAGGAAAGGAGGAAUGCUCAUCAAUUUGGUACUGGCUAUCAUCGGCGGUACGUUUAUGGGUAUAACGAAGUCUGUUAGGAGCAUCGAACUGCUGAUCCUUGGCCGCCUUAUCGCUGGAAUCAACUGCGGACUUAGCAGCGGUCUGGUCCCCAUGUACCUGAUUGAAAUCGCUCCUGUAGCCAUGCGCGGAGCCGCUGGAACUAUGAAUCAGCUCGGGGUCACCUUUGGACUUUUGUCCUCCCAGGUCCUUGGCAUUCCACUCAUUCUAGGGACGGAAGACAGGUGGCAGUAUCUUUUUGGUAUCAUAGUCAUUCCACCAGUUAUCCAGCUGCUUUUGCUGCCUACUUGUCCAGAAAGUCCACGAUAUUUGCUGAUUUCAAAGCAGGAGGAAGCCGAAGCGAGGAGUGCUUUACAGUCGCUUCGUAAAUCGACUGACGUGGAGGAUGAAAUCGAAGAGAUGAAACAGGAAGAUAGGGCAUCGAAAGAUGAGCCGGCGGUGUCCAUGCUACAGGUGCUAAAGGGCAAAGAGUACCGGCUCCCGCUUAUAAUCGGGCUCAUGAUGCAUUUAUCGCAGCAGUUCUCAGGGAUCAAUGCGGUUUUCUUCUACUCUGUGGGAAUUUUCGUGGCAGCUGGAGUUCCCGAGGAUGAUGCCAAGUACGUCAACAUUGGUGUAGGGGUGAUCAUGGUGGUCAUGACGCUUGUCUCAAUUCCCCUGAUGGACAAAGCGGGCAGAAGGACUCUGCACCUUUGUGGCUUGGGUGGCAUGUUCAUCUUUAGUAUACUCUUCACAUUUUCUUUGGUGGCUAAGAGUGUAGGCCACUGGGUCAUCUUCGUCAGCGUUGUCAGCACGCUGUUGUACGUGGUGUUCUUCGCCAUUGGACCAGGAACCAUACCGUGGAUGUUGAUGGCCGAGUUGUUCGCGCAAGGUCCCAGACCAGCAGCCAUGAGCAUCGGCGUGCUCGUCAACUGGUCGGCCAGCUUCUUGGUCAGUCUCAUCUUCCCGCCGAUGCAGGGGGUACUUAAAGACUACUCCUUCGUCCCCUUUACGAUUCUCCUGGCGAUUUUCUGGAUCUUCACCUUCAAGAAGGUCCCAGAGACGAAGAACAAAACCUUCGAAGAAAUUGCGUCCCUUUUUAGGGCGACAUCUAGGGCGACAUCAACGCCGAUAGCGGAGGCGGAAUUGCAACCCGUCCCGGCAGGGAACGAACCUCAGAUAGUGGCGCCAGAAACGCCGAAACAAGACGAAACACCGCAAGCAGCAGCACCAGCACCAGCAGCAGCACCAGCACCAGAUGGGGAACAACCUAAACACCACGUGCGGAAGACGAAGUCGAGGGAGUCUACGAGAUCACUCGAUAGGAUACGGUCGAAAGAGGAGCAUAAACAUAAGAAAAAAUCGUCUGAAAACAUCGCCUGAUGGCCUCGUCUACGUGCGCUUUUUACUUUAAAUGGACGUGUCGUUUUUACGUGCUCGGAUAAGAGCUGCGUAGACAAUUGCGGUUGCAAUUCGCUAUUUUUCACUGCAAUGCUAUUUUUAUAUUCCGUCAGUAAAAAUAUAAAAAAACUUUGACAAAUCUGA